UCCGUCCGGGACUACUUUGGUCGUUUUCUCGCAACGCUUGAUCCAGCGUAGUCCAAACAGAGGGAAAGCAGAAAUCUUCAUUUCUAGGGUUAGGGUUUGAGAUCUGAGCGAAAAUCUCAGGGGAGGGAUGGCGAUGAGAAACUUCUACAACGAGAUAAAGGGCAUGAGAGUGAAGGAGGUUGGGAAUUACCUGAAGCCGAUGAUGUCUGUUGGUUACGCGAAGAGUGCUGUGAAGAGGGGAUUGGAUAAUUACCAUGCCAAAUACAUCCAAACCAGUUCUGUUGAUCCAGUCUACCAUGUCUGCUUCGGAGGCAUGGCUUUCUCCUACCUCGUUGCCCUUCCUGAAGAGCGUCGCCACCUUGAACACAAACAACACGCCAAACACUGAUCCUCCUUAGAUUUCUUGGGAGUCGGAGUUUGAUGGUUCAGGGAAGGACUAGCAUUGGUGUUUGUUGGUUACUUUCUGUUUCCUUUACCUAAUGUAUCAAUGUGUGCAAAAUGUGGUUCAUUUAGACUGAUGAAAAUAAAAUUUGCUAUGCUGCAAGUUCCUAACGUUUAUACUUGGUGUUGUCAUGCCUGGAAUAGGCAAAAAUGGUUUUUGAUUGUGUUUCACCCGUUUAAGGAAUUGAUGUAAAGAUUUUUACUGUG